AUGAGCAAUACUGCAGCUGAACCAACAGCAACACCAGGAGCUGAAGAGCCAUCAGUAACAACAACAAAAGUGAAUAUGGAGUCAGGGUCAUCAAGGAAAACACCAGAAACAGUUUUAGAAAAGAAGAAGGUAUCCACAGUCAGCACUAAGUCACCAACAACAUCCUAUUCAAAUAUCUCGUCAAGUGCCACAAAUCAGUCAGCCCACGACAUCCAAGUGGAAACAGCAAAAAAUGUGCAGCCACACUCCAAAUCAGUACCACUGGAAACUGUGACAAGAUCUUCAAAACGAAAACGCAGACCUCCAGCCCACAGCCAGGAUUUUUUUAUGGGCAAGAACACCAGUAGCUCCCUGCUAGCAGCAAACCAAAGGAAAACAGGUGCAGAGCAAAAUUUUCAUGAACCAAAACUACAUGAAAACCCGGGUUGA